AUGUGGCGGUGGAUCACGCGGUGGUGGUGGUGGUGCACAGGACAGGACCGCUUGGUUUUCAUUUUUUUUUUCCACACCCAGCAGAAAAUGGCAUAUAGAAGAAGGCAGGGAAUUACCAAGGCUUCCACUUUCAAGGAAGAAAUAUAUCGCCCUCUCGACGAUGACACCAUCAACCGUUCAUAUUCGAGAUCGUCCUCCUUGGCCGCUCAGGCAAUCCGAGCCUCCGCCGCUCAUCGUGAUUCGUCUCUCUCCUCCGCUUACGGCGACUCUGCUUUUCACUCCACGUUCAAAGACCAAUCCAAGGGUUCUCCUACCUAUGAUUAUACGUCGAUGAAAAGUGAGAACGAAACAGGAGGCUUUUGGGGUGUUCUAGCAAGGAAAGCUAAAGCAAUUCUCGAGGAAGACAACCUGUCUGAAGAAUUUGAAAUGCCUAGCAGAAUGAAGCCACAGAUGCCUCACACCUCAACAAGUGGCCAGCUUUAUCAGCCAUAUCAAACCCCUGGGGGCUCCAGAAAAUUGGACAAUCCUACAUUGCGUAAGGGCCUGGAUGCACUGACAUCUUCUCUAAAUAACAUUGGGGACACUAUUGGAAAUGCCUUGGAGGAAGGACGUACCAUUGUGGGGAAUAAAACAGCGGACAUUUUCCAAGAAACCCGCAAACUGCAAAUCAGGAGAAAAGGAACCAAUUCCGAGGAGCAAAGUCAGGUGGCAAUGGCUACAGCUGCCAAAGCAAAACUUCUUCUCCGAGAGCUGAAAACUGUCAAAGCAGAUCUAGCAUUCACAAAGCAACGAUGUUCUCAACUAGAAGAAGAAAAUAAAAUUCUUCGAGAAGCUUGUGAAAAGGGAGACAACCCUGCAGAAGAUGACAUGAUACGCCUUCAACUUGAGACACUCUUGGCAGAGAAGGCUCGUCUGGCUCAUGAGAAUUCUGUAUAUGCACGUGAGAACCGUUUCUUGAGGGAGAUUGUUGAAUAUCAUCAACUCACCAUGCAGGAUGUUGUCUAUCUGGAUGAGGGCAUUGAAGAGGUCACAGAGGUUUACCCCAUUCCUGCGGUCUCCAGGAUGCUCUCUGCUUCCCCAACCUCUCCUCAGUCUGGUUCCCCACCCUCACCUCAUUCUCCAUGCUCACCUCCAGAUAUCGCUCCAUCUAGAAGCCCUUCGAUGACAAAGGAAAUCCUUCACGAAGCUAUCCCGCCACAUGCAAUAACAGAUGUUCCACAGAAUGAGGCUCCACCGAGUUCAAAUAGUCCAGUUUCCACAACAGAAGAUUCAACAAGACACUUGGUCACCUACGCCUAAGUGAGUGUCCUGUUCUCUCUUUUCAUUAAAUUUUUGUGUGAGAGUGACAUUGGUCCUUUUGUAGCCUUUCACUCGUGCAAGGGAUUGUGUAGAAUCUGAAGAGGUGUAGUCUAAGAAUUUUAUUUCGGUUAUAUUCUUUGUGGUUCCUGCACGAAACUGUAAGUUAGCUUUUUGGGCUGUUCUGGUUUUCGAACAUUCUUCUGUCAAAUGCAAACUAAGGUAUCAAAAGAGCUAAUGUAUUCAUGGACAUAGACUUUCUCAUGAAUUCUUAAAAAAGUGCAAGUUUGGCAUCUGAUGUUGACUGAUGAAGGUUACCAAAGC